UCUCAAAGUAAAACGUUUCGAUUUUUAUCGACAGACGACACAUACACACAUGUCAAAAUAACGGUGUGACCGUCUGCAAUUCGUGUCAACUUUUUCCAGCGUGUUAGUUUUAAGUAAGCCUGAACAGAAAUGAAGCUGUUAACGCAUAACAUGUUGACGUCAAAAUGUUUGAAAGGCGUUACAGUAGGAUACCCUUUAGCAAUUGUGGCCAAGGAUAUCAAGGUCUCAGAAGUUGAUUUCAACUCCGAAUUCAUCGCCAGAAUUAUUCCCAAAUUAGAUUGGGUCACCCUGUGGAAAGCAGCUGAGAGCAUUGGUCAUGUUGGUGAGCUACCACAGACACUGGUUGAAGACUUUGAAGAAAAUGAAGAUUUCCUUAAAAAAGUCCACCACAUUUUGUUGGAAGUUGAAGUGAUAAAUGGCGACUUGCUGUGCCCUGAGUCAGGAAGAAAGUUUCCAAUAAAUGACGGAAUCCCCAAUAUGUUACUCAAUGAAGAUGAAGUGUAGAAAUAAGCUGAGUCAUAUAUAUUCCUAUCAAAAAUUUUGACAAGAUCAUACAUUCAUGGAAUAUUGAUAACUUUUAAAUUAAAAAAUCCUUGUACAUUGCCACUUUAUUCAAUUUUACUGUUAGUUUAGAAAAACAAGUCGAUAUUAUGUUUCAGCCGUUUGAUGAUGAAUAGUCUUCUCCAUCUACAGAAAAUUAUGUAGAAUAUAGGAUUCAAAGAGAUACCUAAUAUAAAUAAUGCCUCGGUCGUUUAUAGAUGCAUCUACAGCAACUCACAUUUAAAAGUAUCCAUAAAAAAUUAUCAGCAUUUAUUUAUAUUUAAGUAGAAUAGAUGUAUAUUCUUGCGACAAGUUUUGUUUGAACUAUUUUGACUCUAUUGUCAAUUUACAUGUGUCUCUUAUAACAAUUCUACGUUCUCGACGUAAUUAUCUUUAAUAUCAGUCAUUGUAAGUUUUGUAGUAAAUAGAUGCAUCACUAACGUUAUAUAUUUAUAAUCUCUUGACUCGAAUAAUAAUGGCUGUCUUUUAGAGUUAAAACGAGAAACUUAACUGUAUGUUAUUAGAUUUCAUAUCUUCGCAUUAAGUCAUCAAAAGCAAAUGGCAGAAUUAAUUGUUUGUAAUGAAGAAUCAGUAAGCACUGCAACAAUAUGCCAAAUCAAUAAAAGAGUUACAAAUCA